AUGAAAGAACUGAUAAUUAGAGGAGAUGUUCGACAGCUAGAGUACUUUGAAAAUGCGACAUUGAUUAAUAUUACUAUCCUUGAAUGCCACUCAAUCGGAUUAGGAGCUUUUGCAGCAUGUUCUAAUCUUAAAGAAGUCAGAAUCUCUGGAGAUCUAACAAAUAUUAGCAAUGGAUGCUUUUAUGCAUGUUCUAAACUUGAUAAAGUUGAAUUGCCAAAUACAAUCAGGUAUAUUGAAGACGAAGCUUUUCUUGAAUGCUAUACACUUACUGAAAUUAAUUUCCCUAACACAUUACAGGAAAUUGGCAAUGGCGCCUUUAGUGGGUGUCGAUAUAUUUCACCAAAUUUCGGCCAAAAUCUCAGGAAGAUAGGAAAUGGUUGUUUUUCUUCAUGCAUCUCUAUAGUUGAAGUAACAUUAUAUGGAGAAAUUGAAUAUUUAGGAAAUGGAGCAUUUAGAUUUUGUCCUAAUUUGACAAUCUUUACUUUGAUAUCAAAUAAAAGUUUUCAAUUAGGAUAUGACAUUUUUUCUGGUUGUGUCAAAUUAAUUAAUGUGCAUCUCCCAAAUUUUAUCAAUGAAAUACCAGAUAGUUGCUUUUAUAAUUGCAAAAGUCUUACAACAUUUAUUUUACCGCCUAAUAUUACUAAAAUAGGAAAAUCGGCAUUUUAUAACUGUGAACAAAUCCGAAGUGUCACUUUUCCAGAGCAUUUACAAAUAAUUUCUGAUGGAGCAUUCAGUCAUACUGGUAUUGAAUCAAUUAAUUUACCGAUCAGUGUUAUUGAAAUCGGAAAUAACGCUUUUAGUGAUUGUUAUUAUUUAAAAUCUUUCAUCCUAAAUGAUGCUGUUACAGAAUUAAAGGAAGCAUGUUUUGAAAAUUCAUUUAAUGGUAUUACUUUAUUCCUUCCCCGGUCAAUAAUAAAAAUAGGUAGAAGAUGCUUUUAUAAUAGCUCAAUAAUUGAAAUUGCAUUAUCAGAAAAUAUUAAUAUAUUAUCGGAAUAUUCUUUUUAUAAUUGCACUAACUUAAAAAGAAUAAUUCUGCCAACAAAUUUAUAUGAAAUACAUGAAGGUUGCUUUUUCAGCUGCUCAAAUAUUAGAGAAUUAAGAAUUCCAUCACAUGCAAAUAUAAGAAGAUAUCGAUGGAAUAGUUUGAUGACAAGUUUAAGUAAAAUCAUAUUUGAUGAAGGUAUACAAAGUAUUAAUGAUCAAGAAUUUUUUAAUUUCACUAACCUUAAAGAGGUUCAGUUUCCAAGUUCGUUAACAACAAUUAAACAAAAAGCCUUUGUUAAUUCAGGAAUAGUAUCUCUUCAAAUUAAUAAUGUUACCAAUAUUGAAUUGCAGGCGUUUGCAAGUUGUCUUUAUCUUGAAGAAGUUAUAUUUGGGAAUAACUUGGAACAAUUAAUAAUUGGUGAUUAUGCAUUUGUAAAUUGCAAAUCACUAAAAAUGGUAACAUUUCCAAAUUUUCCAAUUUAUUUUGGAACAUAUGCAUUUAGUGGAAUGAAUAAAGUUGAAGAAAUACAUAUCCUUGCAUCAUAUUCUGGAAGAAAUAAUUGCCCAUUUUAUUGUAUGUCAGACUUGAAAAAAGUUAUCUUUGAUUAUGGAAUAGAGACAAUAUACAAACAAGAGUUCAAAUUUUGCGCAAAUCUUCAAGAAAUCAUAUUCCCAGAAACAUUAAGAUAUAUUCAGGAGGAAGGUUUGUAUUACACUGGUCUUCUUACAGUUCAUUUACCAAUUUUAGUUCAAGAAAUUGGUAAAUCAGCGUUUGCUCAAUGCUGUUCUCUCAAAGAAAUAACAUUCAAUGACUGGAUAAUGUUCCUUCCAGAAUCUUGUUUUGAAGGUUCAUUCAACUUUUCUGAAAUCAAUCUUCCAUCACACCUAACAACAAUUAAACCAAAUUGCUUCAAAGAUGCAAAAAUCACUUUUAUAACCUUUCCAUCAUCUCUAGAACAAAUCCAGAAGGAUGCAUUCAACAAUUGCAAAUAUUUAAAUAUGUCAUUGAAUUUUCCAUAUAAUCUUUCAUAUAUAGGAAGAUCGGCCUUCUAUAAUUGUGAAUUAAUUAAUGAAAUAACAAUUCCAUCAAAUCUUACUAAUAGAAGCCCGGGGUGUUUUUCAUAUAUAACAGGUUUAGAAAAAGUCAUUUUUGAAUCAGGAAUAACAGAAAUUUAUUAUGAAGAAUAUGCAUAUUGCAUUAACUUGAAGGAAAUUAUACUACCUGCAUCUCUAUUAAAAAUUCAAGAAAAUGCAUUCAUGAAUUCAGGUUUAGAAUCAAUUAGCAUUCCAAUUCAAUGCAAAAAUAUUGGAAAAGCAGCUUUUAAAAACUGUUAUUCAUUGAACGAAGUUAUUUUAAAUGGAAAUUUCUAUUCUCUCCCAAUUUCUUGCUUUGAGAAUGGAAUUAAACUUAAAACAUUUAAUUUUCCAUCAGGUUUGAGAGUCAUUGAUAAUUAUUGUUUUAUGAACUGUUCAUUUGAAACCAUAACCCUUCCCAAUUCAAUAGAUGAGAUAAAAGAUUAUGCAUUUUAUAAUUGUUCGUUCUUGAAAUCAUUUGAUUUUCCUAACAAAGCUUAUUCAUUUGGAAGGUAUUCAUUAGGUGGUACCAAUUUAAUCGAAGAACUCUUCAUCCCACAUAUAUGGGGAGAUUAUAGAGGAUCCCAUUUAUUUGAUGGGAUGAUAAAUCUAAAGAAGGUAAUAUUCCAAGAUGGUGUCGUAUCAAUAUGCUAUGGCGAGUUUGCAAAUUGUAUUCAUCUUACUGAAGUUCAACUACCACAAUCUCUAACAGCAAUACGGGCACAUGCCUUUAAUAAUACAGGAUUUAUUAGGUUUAUAUUACCAGAUAUUAUUACUGAUCUUGGAGAAUCUGUUUUCAGUAAUUGUUUUUCAUUGAAAGAGUUUAUUUUCAACAAAAACAAAUACAUCCCGAGUUCAUUCUUUAAGAACUCUUUCAAUUAUACAGAAUUCAUAAUCCCUCCGACUGUUCGAGAAAUAUGGGAAAGCUGUUUUGAAAAUUGUAAAUUGAUUUCAAUUCAUAUACCAGAUUCAAUCCGUUAUUUCAAACGCUUUGCUUUUUAUAAUUGCUAUACUCCAAAUAUUCUUCAGUUGCCGCCAGGACCAUUUUAUUUAUAUGAUUUUUGUUUCAGUGGUUCUCACUUAGAUAAGAUAUUAACAUUAACCACAAAUCACACACAAUAUGGUGCAUACUUUUUUGAAAACUGCACUGAUAUUGAAAAGGUAAUCAUUUCUGAUCAAAUUAAAAUCAUUAGGAUGGAAAUUUUUGCAAAUUGUAUUAAUCUUAAAGAAAUAAUACUUCCAAAUGAUAUAGAAAUAAUAAAUGAGAGAGCAUUUAUGGGCACAAAAUUGCAUUCGGUAAUUUUACCUGAGAGUGUUACUGAAAUUGGUGUUGGUGUAUUUAUGAAUUGUUAUUAUUUGAAAAACAUUAUAUUAGGGAGUAAUAUUAUAGAAUUUAUAAUUGUAUUAAUCUUCGUUGCUUGCAAAUAUCAGAUAAUGUCGUAUUGA